GCUCUCAACUUUUUUUCUCCACAACCCUCUCUCUCUCUCGGUUUCAUUUCAGUUAUAACUUUCUGGAAUUGAAGAAUUGAACAGCUACAUUUCGAUUCUUCGACUUGGAAAAAGGAACAGAAGAACGGAGAUUCCAAGUGAAAGCAAAGAAUCUAGAUUGUGUUUUUUUGUCUUUUAAGCGAAAGGGAUGCUUAAACCAACCCAGAAAAUGAUUACCAUGGUUGAGCAAUAGAAUUGUUAGUGGGAUCAAUUAAUGGCUGUUGCUGGUUUACAAAAUGUUUCCAUGCUUGAGUCAUCUUUUGAUAGGGAGUCUCAGUCUCCACUCUCAUGGCGGUGGGGUAAUCAUCAUGAUAGGACGAGCACCCGAGGCUCUUCUCUUCUGCAAAUGUGGCGUGAACUCGAGGGUGAGCAUAUAGUGAGUCAUUCCCAAUUGAGAGUUGGAGGUAGACUACGGCAAAAUAGGAUUGAUGGCUCGAAUUCUGAUCUUGUGAAUGCGUAUUUGUCUGAGAAACUCGAGAGUGAUAAUGGAGAUAGCUUGGAGUUGGAGGAUAGCAAUGAAAAUUCAAAACAUGAGGAUGAGAACAGUUCUAGCUCAGAGCAGUCCACUGAUUUUGGGGAAGUUGAAAGGGAAAGGGUGAGACAAAUAUUCCGGGAAUGGAUGAAUAGUGGAGUAAGCGGUGUUGCAUCCAAUGUUUCCCCUGUGAAAAGUUCUUCAAGGGCACCAUGGCUUGGCGAAAAUGAGUGUGAGAGGGUGAGGAUUAUAAGGGAGUGGGUACGGAUGACUAGCCAGCAGAGAAGCACUUGUGGUGGUGGCAGUAGAGAAGAACAACCCGUUGAAAUUGGUGCUGAAAUUGAACGAGUUCGUGAUGGAUUUGUUGUUAAUCAUUGUGAGAUUGGUGCUCGAAGGAAAAUCCACAGAUUAUGUGGCAGACAGGCUUUGCUUGAUUUGUUGGCAAGGUCUGAGAGGGAAAGGCAAAGAGAACUCCAGGAGUUGUUGGAGCAUCGGCCUGUAUCUGAUUUUGCUCACCGUAAUCGCAUUCAGUCAAUAUUGAGAAGUAGAUUCUUGCAAAGUGGAAGAUUGGUCCAAGACGAGCAACCCUCCUCUUCUGUGGCAGCAAGUGAAUUGGGUUUUUUGAGGCAAAGACACACUGUCUCUGGUUUAAGGGGAGGGUUCCUUUCCAGAUUGGACCAUUUUGUCCACAGUCCAUCUGGCAGUGCCCAGUCUGAUACCUCAUCUAACAAUGACAUAAAUGAUUUUAUAAAUGAACAAACUCAAACAAACAGUUUGCGUGACAACCAAGAUGCAAUCCAAGAACAAUCUGAGCCUAAUAAUGGUGAAAGAGAAAUAAAUGAGUUAUGCACUGUUCCCUUGGAAGGCAAUUCUAGUCAAGAUAUAAAUUGGCAACAAGCUACUGCUCCAGAAGAACAGCAGGUAGUGAUUUCUGAAGAUGAGGGAAGAGAGAAACCAUCACCAUCCAAUUCUGUGUCUGUUGGAAUGAGAGAAGGUUUGGGAGAAAAUAUGGGUGGAAACUGUGGGGGAAAUAUUGCAAAUGCAUGCUCACAAGAAACACCAAGAAAUGAAGGCGAAGGACAGCAUCAUCAGAUAGGUGCUCAAGAAGAAUUUUAUGAACAUUGUGAGCAUAAUUGCGAGGAAUGUGAUGUGCAUGUGUCCUCAAAUCAUGCAGAUGGUCAUGAAAGUAAUACAAUUGAAGGCAUGCACUGGCCACAUGCUUCUGCACAAGUAGAAGAGUGGCAUGCAUCGUCGGUUACUGGAUGGAGAGAUGAUAAUGCAGAAGGCACAGAUGAAAAUUUGAGUGAAAUAAGUGCAAAUCACUGGUACACGGAAACACUGGGAAGUGAAGGUGAAGAAGAUGUGAGAUGGCUUGACAGUGGUCUGCAGGAGGCUAUGGAUAAUUUAUUAGAACGGCCUUCUGCUGGGCAAUUUGAUACAUUUUAUUUUCCAAACGAUGAUAAUGUGUACAGUACAGAAAUUAGAGAACUUUUAAGCAGGAGAAGAGUCUCUAAUCUUCUUCGAAGUGAUUUCCGUGAGAGCCUAGACCAAUUGAUACAAUCAUAUGUGGAAAGGCAAGUUUAUGCUUCGGUUGACUGGGAACUGGAUGGAACUUCAUCACCCUUGUUCUUCCAUCAAGAUGUGCAGCAGAGUGGAGAUCAGAACCAGGGUCAGUUGGAUGAUGUGGGGGGUCCACUUGUUCUUCCAUCAAUGCCCUUUCAGGACCAGGAGUUGCAAGAUGAUAACUGGCCUCGAAACAACUUGCAUCAAUGCUCGGGCAUUGAUUGGGAGAUCAUUAAUGAUUUGAGGAUCGACAUGGCUAGGCUUCAGCAGUGGAUGAGUGACAUGCAGAGGAUGCUGGAAACCUGCAUGUAUAUGCAGCUUGAAUUGCAGCAUUCAGUACAACAAGAGGUUUCUGCUGCUCUGAAUAGGUCAGCUGGUCCAACAGAGGACGAUCACAGUCUGCCAACGGAUGAAUCCAAAUGGGAUUUUGUGAGGAAAGGAAUUUGCUGUUUAUGUUGCGAUAACAGUAUAGAUUCUUUACUGUACAGAUGUGGGCACAUGUGCACGUGUUCAAAAUGCGCAGACAAUCUGGUCCAAGGAAGCGGAAAGUGUCCAAUGUGCCUAGCACCUGUAAUUGAGACAAUACGUGUCUAUUCUAUCCAAUAAUAAUAACCAAGAAAAUAAUAUGAUAUGUGCCUGUCCUUAUUAGUUGCUCCCCAACUCCAUCCAGGCAAUAUAAAUAAAUUUUACCUUUUUUUUUUUUUGAUUUGUUUUACAUUAAGUACAUGUGAUUUGCUUAAUUUAUGACUGGAAUACCAGAUGGCAUACCCAAUUUGUUGUUUUGAGUCCGAGUAAAUUAUUGAGUGGACAUUUUGUUGAUACCAGCCAAAUACCAGAUUGUUUCGAAGUCAGAUCUCAAAUAAGUUUUCUGAUCAAAGAGGAAAUGAUAUAUCACGUCCUGA